AUGGAGCGCGGCAAAUGGCUGGAGCUCGUGGAAUCGUGCGCGGAUCUGGCCGAGGCGAGGAGAAUCCACGCGCGCAUCCAACCGGUGGUGGCGCCCGACGAUCUCUACGCGCGCAACCGGGUGAUCGAGAUGUUUGGGCGCUCCAGUGGCCCGAUUGACGCGCAGGUGGUCUUCGAAUCGAUGCCUGCUAAGAACCUCUUCUCGUGGGUUCUCAUGAUCACGGCGUAUGCGAGGAAUGGUUGGCUCGAGAGCUCCAGGUCCAUCUUCGAUGCGAUGCCCCAGCGGAAUCUCGUGGCAUGGAAUGCUAUCGUGGCGGCGUAUGCCUCGAAUGGGCAUCUGGAUGGUUCUCAGAGGCUUUUCGAUGAGAUGCCCGAGCGGAACUUGGUUUCCUGGACAUCGAUUCUUGUCACGUACUCGCAAAAAGGGUGUUACGACGCGGCAAAGCGAGUGUUUGAUGAGAUGCCGCAGAGGAAUUUGAUCUCUUGGACCUCUAUGCUUGCAGCAAAUGCCAGGAAUGGGUAUCUGGCAGAAGCCGAAAGAAUAUUUAGUGCCAUGCCCCAGUGGGAUGUGAUAGCUUGGAAUUGUCUUCUCGCUGUGUAUUGCCAAAAUCAUGAUGUUGAGAACGCAAAGAGAUUUGUUAGGAAUAUGGUGGAGUGGGACAUUACUUCGUGUAAUAUAAUGCUUUUGCUAUAUGCCCAAGAAGGGCAUUUUUGUAAGUGCAACAGAUUUUUUUUUAACAUGCCGCAGACGGACAUAGUGUCUUGGAACACUUAUCUCGCCGUUUGCAUGAACUUUCGGAAACUGGAGGAGGCUAAGUUUGUGUUUGAUAAUAUGCCGCAGAGAGAUGCAUCUUCUUGGUCUUCCAUGAUCACAGCAUAUGCCCAAGAAGGGUAUCUUGCAGAGGCGAGGGCGGUUUUUGAUUCACUGCCUUUCCAAAGUCCAGUGGGAAGGACGUCAAUCAUGGUUGGCUAUGCUCAAGCCGGAAACCUAGAUGCCGCUUACAAGAUCUUCCAAGAGACACCGCAGCCAGACCUGUUUGCGUGGAAUGCAAUGCUCGCAAUGUUUGCCCAAGACAGCGAGAAGCAAACCAAAACCAGAGGGAUGCUUGACGAGCUCAAACUCACCGACAAUCCAGACGAGUUCUGCUUCACGGCAGCGCUGGUUUCGUGCAGCCACGGCGGGAAGGUUUCUCGAGCAAGGAGCUACUUGGCGUCGAUGAGCUGUGACUAUGGAUUGCCUCCAACCAAGCUCCACUACAGCUGCAUGGUGGAUCUCCUGGGACGGGCUGGAUAUCUCCAAGACGCGCGCGAGCUCAUGGAAUCCAUGCCUUUCACCGCCGAGGCAUCGGAUUGCAUCGGCUUUGCGGGAGCUUGCAGCAGCCAUAGCUCCCGCUUCCACGGAUCGAAGCUCGCGCUUGGGUUGGAUCCAAGCAACGCAACGGGGCACAUCCUCGUCUCGAACAUCCUGUGCAUGGGCUGA